AUGUCCUUGGAUUUUUUCAGACUGCACAAAAGGCACUGCGAUGACCUCCUAAACAACUGCUGGUAUGCUCCCUCAAAUCACGGAGACACAUUUGGAAUUCGCCAUGAUGAAAUAUACUUCCACGAGAACAUCAUCCCUUCACAACCUGUGACGUCAUAUGCAGUGCUUAUCCGAGGGAGCCCAAAGCAUCCUGGGACAUCCGUAGAUGGGGGCAUUGGUGAGGACAUCAGUUCACAAGCAGUUUCUAUGCAAGAUUGCGGAGACAUUAUGAUUGAACGAGCUAGUUCUCUAAUAGACGGACUCAUGAAAGCCAGAGAUUUGUAUAGAAGCACUGAAUUUACCCAAGAUGUGAUGAAAACAACAGCACUGUCGAUGCAGUGGUAUAACUAUGUCUUUUCCUGUUCUAUGCAAUUCUUCCCAGGAUCCAUUGAGCGCUACAAAGCUCCUGAAAUCCAUUCGAGACACAUUAUUGUAAUGAUACGAGGUAACAUGUAUAAACUGGAUUUGAUUCGCAACGACGACGAAGGACGAGAAGAGAUUAUCACAAAAAGCCAGCUGAAAGUAGGUUGAUAAACGUUUGAAAUUUUGCUCUACAGUUAGUUUUAAAAAUACCCACUGCCAAAAGUACAGAUAGGAUAUUUCAAGUUUAACAACCGAAAAUAAUUACUCUUUAAUUAAGCUGCUUGGGCUUUAAUAGCUAAUUGAAAAGAUGAACAAAAAUGUAAAAAACUGAGGUCAAUUUAGAGUAAUCUCUCCCCAGUUUCCAAUGGGUGUGUAAAUUGACACUCAAUUCAGGGGGAUGAGUUCAUAUCAUUCAUAAUGAUGGUUCUUCUUUUCUUUUCUUCUUUUUUUUAACCUUGCUUUUUCAAGACGUUGAAAGAGAUAUAUUUCGAAAAAUUGGAGAGUCUUCGGGCCGACCUGCACCUACUACAAACAAGGUUUUUGAUUGGCUGGGUAAACGAUAGGGAUGGUGACAUAACAAUGCCCAUAUCCCUGAAAACAAUAGGUAAUGCAGGUUAUAGGGACCAAUGAAAUAAGAGGUUUGGAUUCGUGCAGGUCAAUCGAAAGCGUGUCUUUAAGAAGUUUCUGUAGCAACCAGGAAAGGCAAAAAACAUCGAGCAAAUGUAAUUGACAAUUACUUCCUUUCUUUACGUGCGCGCUUGCUAUAACACACUUUUUUAAUUUGGUUCCAGAAGAAAUUCGAAUCCAUCAUAGAAACGGACGCGUCAAGAGAACAAUCGACUCCAACAGCUUUUCUCACAAGCCUGACUCCAUCUGAGAGAUGUCAAGAAGAACAGCGCCUCAAGUGCCUCAGUCAACAAAACGUUGAUAAUCUUUCACUGCUCCGUGACGCUCUUUUCGUUGUGGCGCUCGACCCUGACACUUCUCCCCGAGAAGCUAACGAAGCCAUGUUCGAGCUACAUUCGGGAAACUUCGUAAACCGUUGGUAUGACAAAAGCGUACAGCUGGUUGUGUUUGGUAAUGGUGUGGCGGGAUUUGUCAAUAACUAUUUGGCUGGAAUGACUGGUACGGUAGGGACGAACUUUGUGCGAAUUGCAGUGAAAAAUGAAAGACUUGCUGGAGAAGAAACUGAAGACGGUGGGUUACGUUGUGACAUAAAUUUUACUGAAACUUGUUCUGCUCCCUUGAAGUUCAGUACUGAGAGUUUUUGUCAUAUUACUUUUGUCUUUAUUUCAGUAUUAAGAAAUAGACAAACGAGUUGUAGAAGUUUUAUUUACACGUGAAAGAACAAAGGGUGCUACCUUUAAAGUCCAAGAAUACAAAUUGUGUUUAACUUGAUAUUGGACAAUCUUGUUAUGAUCAAUUGACAGCUGUCAAGAUAGGGUACCCGCUAACCAUGUGUGCAACCCAUUGAGAUGACGUGUUUUUUAAGUUGUCCGCUAACAGUUAAGGUAUUCAAGUAAUCACACGCUCAGAAACUUUACUUUAGAAAGACAGUUCCUAAAAGUACCACGAGGGCUAUUGGCCUUGGCUAAGCGUAUAUAUUAAAGUUAGACAUAAUUUUCGCUGAGCGCGCAGGGGAUACUUGCUAAUGAAUUAAGUGGCAUAAAAGUUUUGCAAGUGACGCAUGUGUAUCUGUAGCUUGUCCUGUGGAGACCAUGGAGCUCAAAUUCAGAGAUAUUUGGGAGCCAAGGUGGCUGAAGGUUGCUAAGAUUGAAGGAAUGUUAAAGCAAGUAGUUGUUAAAGGCACAGAGUGUUUUUUUUGCAAAUCAGCUUUUAGGUAUGUUGCAGUUUCAGCACAAAUUGGGUGGUAAAUUUUUAGCUUAAAAGAAAUAGUGCAAAACUGGAAGUUCCGUGAGUGUUGGACUGAAACCAAAUAUUUGAAACUGACAUAAACCAAGUCUCGCUCGGUUUCAGAGUAUCUCGUAUUUUGGAGUGUGCUAUUCACAAUCUUUUUUCUCUUAUCAGGAGGAUAUGAGGGCUUCGAGAUCUGGCCAGAAGUAAGACCUAUAAUCUGGGACGAUACAAGUGAAGAAUAUUUCAAACAUAAGACAGCAGAGUUCAUCAAGGAAAGUCGAACAUCAGGUCCGUUUAAACAGAUGUCUCAAGACGUAUUCAGAAUAUGCGCUGGUUUCAGUUUUGAGUCCAUGUGUAAAGACCAUUGUGUGACGCCAGGGGGAGCCUUUCAAGCUGGUAUGCAACUUGCGCUUGCUAAGAUCUCUGGGAGAUGUAUGAGUGUCAACGAAGUCGUUAGUAUAAGGUAAGACAAGUUCCUGUUCAUCUUUUCAAGAAGAGUGCUAAUCUCUCCCUACAACGAGAGGUUUUGUAUGAUACCUAAUUAAAGCAUUUUCUGGUUGAAACUCAUUCCCGUAGUCUCGUUUUGUGAAUAGAUUUUUUAAAAUAAUAAACAAUUCAUCUUUUAUUCAAAGUGUAAGAUGACUGGAAAAUGAUAAAUUUAGGUGUUGUGAAGGAUGGCCUUCGCAACAGAAAGUUUGAAAAAAGAUAGUCUGAAAUAUGCAGCGAUACAAGCCCAGUUUCUUGACAAAUAUCCAGUUAUGUGUCAGGUGGUUGUUUACACGAGUUUGAAACAAUGAGAAACUAUAAAAUCGACACCUUAACCUGGUUGUGAUCGCUUACUAGUAGUGGUCGUUAAUGACAGCAGAUUCCUGUUGUAAAGUACUGUUGGUUUUGGAUAGGUGCCCGCUUACUGGAGUUGAUCGCAUCCCAGGGGGGAUACUCCCAUAAUUUUCUUAAACCCUGACCCUAUUUUAGGAUGAGAAACUAAAAUUGAUACCCUUUUUAAGGAUGACACCAUAUUCAAGAGAAAAGCAAAAAAUAACACACAAACCUUCCUGAAAUCGCUUUCCUUAUACUCUAAGGAAUAGAUCAGUGUUGCUAGGCAUUUACGCUCUUGAAUUUUAGGUAUCCUAUCUAAGGAUCACACCGGGACCAAAAUGCAUGCGACAAGGGCAAAAUGAUACCCUGUUUAAGGUUCGAGGCCCUUAAAAACCAUACUCUGUAUACUUUGCUCUCAUAUAUGGGAGUGCCCUUUCGGGUCACUUACGAGAGUUAGUCGCAGUUUCGACUGUACUCAGUGAAUCAGGAAUGGCUAUUGCUUACUAUGUUCAACAGCGAGUUUGAAGGUUGGAACUUGUUGGGACGACCCCAACGAUACAAUCUUUACCCCCCUUUUCACAAAUGUGUGGUUUCCAGUCACCGUUAUUGAGCGUAAUUUAUCUUUAGCAGCUCAUAUGUUGUUUACCUCAUUUAUGUACUAGGCAUUUCCGGUUUCAUUAUUUUUUAUGUACUAAGCAUUUCCGGUUUCCUUGUGUUUUAUGUACUAGGCAUUUCCGGUUUGGUGGAAUGACAUUCAUGGACAGCAGUAUGGCGGACAUGAAAAAAUUCAUCGAAAAAGCCCGCCAAUCAGAAGGGAGCUUGCAAACCAUGACAAAACAGGAACGUGUGUUGCUUAAAUCUCUGUUGAAGAAAGCUAUUGAAAGUUACAAAGAUGAGGUCUUGCGUUACAAGAAAGGCCAAAUGAACCUCUGGCAUCUUGACGCUCUUUACAGAAACUUGGGACUGCCAAACCGCCUUCCGUUUAGGAAUACUCCACAACUACGAAUCAAGAGAAGGUUUAGGCAAGCUGUUGCUGAUCUACUCAGAUCACCGCUGCUCAACAUACUGCCACCUCAAGUUGCUGAAAACGUGACCUCCAAUCCAUGCUGGUAUCCUGAGAUCGAGGCUAUUGGAAGGCCUGGGGUCAAGUGUAUUCUGCCAGAUGGAUCAAUGGCAUUGCAUUAUAUGUUUGGGAGAAACGCGAUAUCAAUCACAGUGAAUGCAAAUUCUAAACACCCUUGUUAUAGACAUGAAGAGGAGUUUGUCAAAGAACUCGAACAGUCUUUGUUGUUUGUCAAAGACUUGCUUGAUGCUGAAUAA